AUGGGAGAUCCCCUCUGGAUCCCACAUAAGUAUAACCAGCAAGGUGACCUCAUCAUUGGCAGUAUUUCUUCUCAGUUCUUCUCCUUUUUUGACACCAUAUCCUUCAAGCAACACCCCAAUUUAAUGUUUAUUGAAGAUGUCCUUGCUGUGACAAAAUACUACCAGCAAGUCCUGGCCUUGGUGUUUGCAGUGAAGGAGAUUAAUGAGAAUCCCAGGAUUUUACCAAAUGUCACACUGGGAUUCCAUAUCUAUGACAGCUACUUCAAUGAAAAGAUGACUUAUCAGUCUACCUUGAACCUUCUCUUCAAAGUGAAAAGGGUGGUCCCCAACUACAGGUGUGAUACACCAAAUAAUAUAAUAGGUGUCAUUGGGGGUCUUGGCUCAGAAACCUCCCUUUACAUGGCUACCAUCUUAAGCAUCUACAAGAUUCCUCAGCUCUCCUACUACUUAUUUGGACCUCAGAAUAUUAAAACCCAGUUCCCUUUCAUGUACCGCGUGGUUCCCAAUGAGGAGAAUCAGUACCAUGGGACCAUUCAAUUACUUCUGCAUUUCCAGUGGACAUGGGUUGGGAUUAUCACAUCAGGCAAUGAUGAAGGAGAGAAUUUUGUGCAGACCUUGGUACCAAAGCUUUCCCAGAAAGGCAUCUGUUUGGCUUUCACAGAAACAAUGCCAUCCCAGACAGACUUUUCCAAAUUACUUGAUGACGACCAAAGUACAGGGAACAUGGCCCACCUUGUUAACAACCCCCAAGCAAAAGCAGUUAUUGUAUAUGCAGCAACUGCACCUGUACUUCAUAUGAUGUCUUUGCUGUAUCACAUACGGACAGUAAAUAUGGCAGGGGCAUCUCUAGGAAGAGUGUGGAUCUUGACAGCUGACUGGGACUUCCCAGCACUACAGUUUCACAGAAGCUGGAGUAUAGAAGUCUUUCAGGGAGCCUUGUCCUUUGCUGUUCACAGCAAUCCAAUAGACAAAUUUCCAACAUUCCUUCAGUCUUUGAAUCCUUAUUCACCAAAUGGAGACAGUUUUAUCGGGGUCUUCUGGCAGCAAGCUUUUGUGUGCUUACUUUCAGAUUCCCAUGUGUCUGAGGAGAGUAGUGAUGGUUGCACAUCGUGGGAAAAACUGGAGGGUCUUCCUGGAGCAGUUUUUGAAAUGAGCAUGAUUUCCCAAAGCUACAGUAUAUACAAUGCUGUCUAUGUCUUAGCUCAUGCUUUACUUGCAAUGCACACGUUGAAUCUGAAGCACAGAGGAGUGGGGAUGCUUUCAAAUACACAACCGUGGCAGCUCCAUCCUUUCUUGAGGAGAAUCUCUUUUAACAACAGUGCUGGGGACCAGGUGUCUUUGGAUGAGAAAGGUGAAUUAGACAGUGGAUUUGAUAUUAUGAACUGGCUUACUUUCCCAAAUAGAUCCUUCCUGAGGGUGAAAGUAGGGAGGAUAGAUCCAUGGGUAAGCAGAGAGUUCACCGUUAAUGAGGAGAUCAUCAUAUGGCACAACGUGUUUAAUCAGGAUUAUGUUCAGAUUGUUGCCUAUGUGCUAAAUUCAUUGACUGAGGUGUCAACAUGGCUUUCCUUCCUAGAAAUGGACAAUUGUAUGAACUGUCCAGAAGAUCAGUAUCCAAAUGAAAACCAAGAUGGAUGUCUUCCCAAGAUGUUACAAUUUCUGUCUUACGAUGAAAAUUUGAGUAUCACUUUAGCUUUCAUGGCAUUUUCAUUUUCUGUGACCACAGUUUUGGUGUUAAAAAUAUUCAUUAAAUACCAGAAAACUCCCAUUGUCAAAGCCAACAAUCGUGGCCUCACGUUUACUCUGCUCAUCGCCCUCUUGCUUUGCUUCCUCUGUUCUUUGCUGUUCUUUGGAAGACCUCAGACAGUGACCUGCCUCCUAAGGCAAACAGCUUUUGGCAUCGUCUUCACCUUGGCUGUUUCAUGUGUGUUAGCAAAAACCAUCACAGUGAUUUUGGCAUUCAUGGCCACAAAACCAGGAUCCAGGAUGAAGAACUGGGUGGGGAAAAGACUGGCAGCUUCUAUUGUUUUCUCCUGCACCAUCAUUCAAGGAGCUCUUUGUACUGUGUGGCUCGUUACUUCUCCUCCAUUCCCCCAUUUGGACAUGGGCACUUUGGCUAAAGAAAUUGUGGUUGAAUGUAAUGAAGGGUCUGUCCCUAUGUUUUAUUCUGUCCUUGGGUACCUGGGAUUUCUGGCUCUUGUCAGCUUUGUUGUGGCUUUUCUUGCUAGGUCUUUGCCCAGUACUUUUAAUGAAGCCAAGUUCAUCACUUUCAGCAUGUUGGUGUUUUGCAGUGUGUGGGUCUCUUUUGUGCCAACUUACCUGAGCACAAAGGGAAAAUACAUGGUGGCUGUGGAGAUCUUCUCCAUCUUAGCCUCUAGUGCUGGAUUAUUGGGUUGUAUAUUUGCCCCUAAAUGUUAUAUAAUUUUACUGAGGCCUGAGCUGAACAGCAAGGAGCACUUAACAUGGAGAAAUAAAUAG